UUAGUAUAUUUCGAAUUAUUCAAACGUUGCCUUAGAAUUUGUUGCUUAGAAAUUUAUAUGCUCGGAGAACUCUUUAAACAAAUUCAGUUUCGGUAAGAUUUAAGAUUGAACCAUUAAGACUGCCCUCGAGCAAUGGGCUCCCAAGUUGUUUAGCAACUUCCUGUCCCACAAUUAACUCAAAGAACUCGAAGAACCCGCCAUUCUCCCCAAAGUCCAGGUGAUUUGCAAUCUAAUCUGCAAAUUUGGGCUACCUUUAAAGUUACCUUAAGGGCAUAAAGGCCAGUCAGCACUUCCCUCAUUUCCUCUCGGGGAAAUCCCUUGCUUGUUGAGUGCUUGUUUUUCUUUGCGAUUCAUUAUUUCGACUGUAUGUUUCGUAAUUAGUGCAGAAAACGGUGAAGGCAAACACGAAAGAGAAACAAAUUACGAUUAUGAGUCCAGUGAAAUAUCUUGCCGGUGCAUUGACGGUUGCUCCUGCCGCCAAGUGCAGUUUGCAAUUAGCUUUGGGGCACUGCAGUGCCAAUGCCAAUGGCAAUGCAAUAUAAAUUAGCUACUGACACAAAGCCGGAGGGAGAUCCUCCGGGAAAUAUCAUGUUCAUGUGAUGGAGACUCCCUUUGGGAUCUUGGUUGGCAUUCGAGGCAUUCGCUUCGCUUCGUGUGGGGCAGGCAUAGUCUAUGGAAAAUCGAAUCGAUAAUUUUACUUUGCGGUUACAGGUUUGCGCAGAUUCCCGAGCGACCAGCAUGGACUAUCUGCCAGGAGUUCAAUCCAACCAAAGGGAGUCCUUGUCAAAAGCAGCCAGCUGCACUGUCGAAGACGGAGAAGAGCGUGGAAACAAUCGUCAGUAUUGCAGUGAGCCGAUUCGGGUGGGUACCUACGACUUUGAGUGCGACAUGACGCUCUGCUCUGACUUCCACCAGGCCGUGCAGAAAUGUCUGAUGGUGAAUGACGAGGGCAAGCAGCCGAUGCCGAAGAAACCCUUUUCUAAUCACUAAAUAUUCAUCGUUGUCGUUGUCUUUGUUUCCGUUUCAAUAAACUGCGGAGGGUACGAGAAUGAA